AUGUCUGAAUCCUCCAAGUUCAACUCCGCUCCUGCUCCAGCUGGUACUGGACCUCCACAAACCAACCCUAGCGGGGGUAAAGGAAAAUCUAAAAGAGCCGCCUCCCCUCUUGAAGCCACCAAGGCAUGGGUGGCUGAUAUUAUACGCGAAGCAACCACCAAGGAAGUACACGAAGACUUAAAGGCCUCUUUCAUCUCGGGUACGCCGGAUAUGUCCAGGGCAACUGCGUUUUUUGAAGAGGUCAACAAAAAGAUACGUGACGCCAACAAAUACCAUGGCACUGACUCCGAGCAUGGUGUUAUCCCUGAAAUGGCUUACCAAAGCUUCUGCGGUAGUUUCCAAGACAGCCUGGAGAAAGCUAAAUUGGACAAUAAUAUCGAAGCCGCAUGGAAGGUGUUUCAUGACACCCACCAGAAAUUCCAGGUCUUUAAUCGGGAUCAUGGUUUGCCCGCAGAAUGGAAUAUCAACAGUUCUAUUUAUGAUGGCGAGGUAACCGACUUGGAUGAGCUUGAGGCCAGCGCGAGGCAAGAACUCUCGUUUCAAGAUGGCAAGGUCCUAUUCUGGUGGAAGCGCGGAACAGGCUCUCAGGUCUUUGUACGCUACGGAUCUGAGUCCAACGGCAUUUAUCGGAUUCGUGCGGGAUCUAAUGAAACUUAUGACCCCGAUGAUGUCCCUUGUAUUCUCUCGUCGAGCAAAAAGGGACAACAGAAAGAAGAGAUUCAAAUCUCAGAGAAAAGGAAGGAGGAACGUUUCAAAUGGGGGCGAGAGGAUAUCCAUGGGAUCAUUGGGGUAGGUUGGAAGAUUGAAGACGAUGAGGAGGAGGAUCUGGAGCCACUGGAUCUUAUAUGGCCGCAGCCAUACGCUAAAUAUCCUCACACUCGGGUCUUGGUCCAGUGGAAGACCAAGGAAGUCACCCUUGAAGACCGAACAUUUAUCCGUCGUAUUACCAAAGGGUCCAACCUGCAGGGAGACCGUGUCAUCUAUCAAAAGGCACUCACCCAGGAGAUCCGCUUCCGCCGAGAAGAGGGGUUGUCCUUUGAGCACCUGCUUGACCGAGCCUCAGGUAAAGCAGCCAGGCAAGAUUCAAUGCUUAGAGACGAGGAGUUCAGCGACUACGAGGAAGAAGUACAGGACGAAUCAUCGCGUGUCGGCCAAACAGAUGAUGUACCAGCAAAGAGAGCCUAUGCGCGCCCUGGUAGCACUCGUCCCCUCUCACGAGAGCGUUCCAAGGUUAGCGAGGUUCGAUUUGCUGAACCUUUCACUCGCGCUACACCGAGAAAAGGAAGCGCCAGACCAGCAUCUAGUCGGGCCUACAGCAAAUCCAUCGAACGAGAGAACCCACGCGAUGCAGAAAUCAAUUUCUUGCGACGACAGAUUGAAUCUAUGCAGAAGACAGCCUAUGGUCGCCCUCCCGGCCGGCGUCCAUCGUGGCGGGAAUAUGGAAACAGAUACGAUGACGAUAGGUCUCAGUCCCCGGAUUACGAAGCUCAGCCACAGCGUCCGCAACAGAUGAGACGGGGAAAGAUCUGGGACAACUGGAGGGGAAGGUGGGUAGCUAGUCGCACGUACUAA